GGGAAGGGAAUAGGGCUGGGGAAUGCUGAGGUGAAAGGGAAGGGGUUCAGCUCGGAGAAAAGAGGGAUCGGGGGGAAUUUCUGGUUUUGCACAAGGCGGGGAAAGCCGGGCCGGAUUUGGGAAUCUCAUCCCAGAGAACAGGGACAGCAGGACACGGGACAGGGCUGGUGUUUCAGUGAUUUUUGGCUUCUCGAGGCUCGUGCGACCCUGUGGGACAAAUUACCAGGAAAACUCUGGUGCCUGUAGGAGCACAAAAAGCCGCUUGGUUUUAAAGUCGGACUUCAACGCUCUGCUGUAGUUCUGAGCCAGGGGAACAUUUUAAUUGAUUUUUUUUUCCCUAGGAAGUGUGGUUAUUAAAAUAAAAUAAUAACAAAUUAGCCCUGAUAACAGCAAGGGGGAAAACCCUACUAACAACAACAAACCCUAAAAAUAAUGAUAAAAUUCCCAGUAACGGCUGCCCUCAUACCGCCGCUAUCCCACAGUACCCCGCGCGGUGCCGCUUCUCUACCGCCGCUAUCCCACACUGCCCCGCGCGGUGCCGCUUCUCUACCGUCGCUAUCCCACACUGCCCCGCGUGGUGCCGCUUCUCUAUCGCCGCUACCCCACAGUGCCCCGCGCGGUGCCGCUCCUGUACCGCCGCUAUCCCACAGUGCCCCGCGCGGUGCCGCUCCUGUACCGCCGCUAUCCCACAGUUCCCCGCGCCACCGCGGGCCCCGUGCAGCCAUGGCGUACCGCGGGCAAGGCCAGAAGGUGCAGAAGGUGAUGGUGCAGCCCAUCAACCUGAUCUUCCGCUACCUGCAGAACAGAUCCAGGAUCCAGGUGUGGCUCUACGAGCAGGUGAACAUGAGGAUAGAAGGUUGCAUCAUCGGAUUUGAUGAGUACAUGAACCUGGUGCUGGAUGAUGCUGAGGAAAUUCAUUCCAAAACCAAAUCCAGGAAGCAGCUGGGUCGGAUCAUGCUGAAGGGAGACAACAUCACCCUCCUGCAGAGCGUCUCCAAUUAGGCUCAGGGUUGUUCCCAACCUGGAAAAUUUGGGAUUGGGAGCUCUGGAAAACCAGGAUGAGCCAGGGCUGGAGAUCCCAACCUUCCCUUGAGAAUUCUGUUUUGUAGUUUGGGGCUGUCUUUGAGAAAUAAAAAUGGGUUUUGUUUGUUU